UGCUUUUGAUGAGCUUGGAGGGUUUUGGAUGAUAAUAAGUACACCUCGUUUUCCUAUGCCCUACACUUCAAAAAGCAACUAUGUUUUUCCAGAGAAGUUUUUGGAGAGCAGUCAAUUGAUCUUCUGUAUAUCAUUGGCUAGAGAUCAAAAACAAACAUUGAAAAAUUCAAUCUUUCCAAUAACAUUUCCAUAUAACUAUAGUGGUGUUUGGGAUAUUGCCGAAAGAACUCCACCACCGACAGAUAUAAUGGUGGAAAAUUUUGGAACAGGAUACAUUUACUUUGCAAAGCACAGAAGAAUUGAAAAAGAUGUUUUUGAGUAUGCCAGACGUAGAUUAAGUCGCGGGGAAAUGACGGCUCACACGGCGACUACAACUACAGCUGAGUUAAAAAAUAAUCAUAUGCAUCAAGUAAAAUUGUUGAGCUUUAUGUUGCCACUGCCUAAACCUCAUGUAUUACAAUGGAUGUCCUCAUCUGACAGCUCAAAGUGGACGGUGACGAAUGAUUUCAUAUGCAUUGGAGAUCUAAACAGAAAUGAGCAACAAUUGAGUCGAGGUGGGAGACUCUUGUGUAUGAAGAACCGUGAAGUUGCAACCCAGUUUGAAUCUCUCGUAUCAUGUUCUUCCGUACUGAAUGAAGAUAUUCCGUAUAUUGGUUACAUGGCAGGGGCUGUAACGGAUUUGUUUGUAUGUUGUUUCUGGUCACACAACUACUAUGAAGAUAGGUAA